AUCAUACUUGUCUUCCUUGCCUCUGGGUUCAAUCUUGACACUCCAAAGAGCUAGAAGACACCAUGCUGUCUUGGCCUUAAUUAGCUCUCUUCACUAAUGAAAAUUCCACACAACACUCCAUGAAAAGCCCACCUUCUUUGAUCAAUAAUUCAACCUAGAUCCUAAUAAAUCACAUAUAUAUAUCAACCCAUCUCUUUGAUCCAAUUCUAUUUCCAAGAAAGAAAAAAAAAUUUCCCUCUUAGAAAUCAUGGAUAUUGAAGAAUGGGAAAUUUUGCCGCAUGGGGGAUUUCUUGAUUACCCUGAAGAUGGAGAAAAGAAGAGUUCUUCAGCAAGCAAUCGGAGCUCCAAUUCAAAAUCUGGGUUCAAUAUGAACUACUUUGUUUGUCCAUCUUCACCUCCAAGAAAUUCAAGUGUGGUGCCUAACCAGCUUGUUCCAGUUCCAUUUCAGUUGGAAACAACAAGAAUCACAACUGGUGAUCGUCAAGAAGACAAAUCAAAGCCUAUUGACAUCAGGGUGAUGCCUUCUGUGAUCAUGCCAGAAGCCAAAGGUCCUGAUAUAGCUCCAAAGGAAGCUGAUCAAGACCCAGUUUCCCAAGUUUUCUUCAAGAAAAUGAAGGAAAAUGAAUUUGUCGACAUGAAAAUGGACUCUCCAAAGUCCCCAACAACCAAAAGUUUCGUUCCUCCUCAAAUUGAUGCUAGCAAGUUUGAUUUCGAGGAUAAAGGUGAUACCUUGGAGGCCAAAAUUAGCUCCCCAAGAAUCAAGAUUGAAAAAGAAAUUAAAGAAGUGGAAGAAAUUCAUUGGGAGGAAAAUAAUGGUGGGUUGAAUUUGUGGAAGUGGAGCUUGAAUGGGAUUGGAGCAAUUUGCUCCUUUGGAGUUGCUGCUGCUACUGUUUGUAUAAUCAUUUUUGGAAGCCAUCAAAGAAACAAGCAGCAACAGAACCAAAAGCUGAGAUUCCAGAUUUACAAUGAAGACAAGAGGAUUAAGCAAGUGGUUCAUCAUGCAACAAGAUUCAAUGAAGCAAUUGCAACAGUAAGAGGAGUUCCCAUUGCUAGAGCUCAUAUAACUUUUGGAGGUUACUAUGAUGGUGUCUGAAAGCUAAAUUCAUAUUACAGAAAAAUCUCUAUUGUUCCUUGCUGUCAAUUGUGGUGGUGAAUCUGUUAUGCCUCUAUAUGUAAGCUUUUUCUACAUAUGAAUUUUUCUUCAUAUUUUGUACAUAAAAAGUAUUAUGUAUGAGAUAUUUGGUUGUGCAUAGAUUCUGAUGAAUCAUGUGUACUAGAGAUUCCCUAUGCUUGUGUAUAUGCUUGUUAUAGGAGAUUGGUAUCUUCAUUGUGAUCCACUAGUAGCACUAGCAAAAAGCUUGUAUUGUUGUGGGCAUUGACCCAACCAAUUGUCUCCUCGAAUAAUGUUGGAAUAUUUUGAAUAUUUAA